AUGAAUCCAAUGGACGAGGCCGAGGACGAGGAAGUGCCAUGUAUCGAGCCAUUAUUAAAAACAAAAAAAUUAAGUUUAAUUUGGGAAUAUUUUGAAGAGUCUACAUGUGACCUGAGUAGAGUUAUUUGUAAACAAUGCAAGCAAAAGGUAUACAAAGGAUUGGGGAAAAAGAUGACUACUUCCUCUAUGAGGAAACACUUAGAAUCAAAACAUAAACCAUUGUACAAAGAAAUGUUAAAAUCUGAAGAAUCAAAAAAAGGCCAAAAGCAUUUAAAUGUUAAAUCUGCUACAUGUGAUAUUAAGACUAAAAGUCAUCAACUAUCUAUUUACGAAUCAAUGACCAAAACAGAAUGUUGGGAUAUAAAUGAUAAAAAAUCCAAAGUAAUUCAUAAAGCAAUUGGUGAAAUGAUUUGUGUUGACAAUGAACCGUAUAAAUUAGUUGAACGGACAGGGUUUAAAAAACUCAUGGAAAUUGUUAAACCACAAUAUAAAGUACCUGGUCGCAAAUAUUUUACUGAUAAUAUUAUUCCAGAAAUGUAUGUUGAACUUAAAUUAAAAAUUAUGGAUAUGCUGAAGCAGGUUCAUACUGUAUCGCUUACAUCUGAUAUUUGGACAUGCAGCCACAACAAUGAAAGUUUUUUAAGUUUUACAUGUCAUUGGAUUUCUAAUGAUAUGAUACAACAUCAUUGUGUUUUAAAUGUUAGACAUUUCCCAGGAAGACAUACAGGCCUCGCCAUUAAAGAUACAUUAGAAAGACUAUUGCAGGAAUGGGAUUUAGAAAAUAAGAUUCAUUUAUUAGUACGAGAUAACGGAGCAAAUAUGAAAAAAGGUGUCGAUGAUGCUUCGUUAUGCAGUUCUGGUUGCUUUCUACACACUAUUCACCUUCUUGUAACCGAAUCGAUAAAGAGUCAAAAAUCUGUUCAAGACUUAAUGAUUCGUGCUAGAAAAGUGUCUACACAUUUUCACCAUUCAUCAUCUGCCACUGAUAAACUUAAGUCUAUUCAAAUUAAACUUGGCACUCAGCCUAAGAAACUUAUUCAGGAUAUUUGCACUAGGUGGAAUUCCAGUUUUUAUAUGUUGGAACGAUUGUUACAAUUAAAAACUGCCAUUUUAGUAUAUAUAAGUGAUGUUGAAUCAACUCUACCGACUUUUAACCCCAAUGAUUGGUUAUUAAUGGAAUCAUUAAUACAUUUACUAAAGCCUUUUGAGGAGCUCACCAAACGUAUAAGUUCAAAUAAAUCUAUUAUUAGUGAAGUUAUACCUGCAAUUAUGAUAUUAGAUACUUUUUUGAAUCGACCUAACACUUCUCAUUUUGGAGUUGGAACUACUAAGGAUAUUAUGCUCACUCGUCUUUCAAAGCGUUUUGAAAAAGUAAUCAAAGAUGACAACCUUAUUAUAGCCACAUUUCUAGAUCCAAGGUUUAAAUUGUUAUUUUUUAAACCAGAAAAUAAACAAAUAAUGAAAAAAAUAAUAUUUAAAAUAAUAUCCAAAUUCAACAAUCUUAAUUCAAAUAUCGAACAUGAACCUACUAGUACUUAUAUACCUGCAGUAGAAAAUUUGAAUGCUGGAAGUAGAGAGUCAUUAUGGGAUUUUUAUAAAGAAAUUGCAACAACAUCAAAUAUCGACCAAACUGAAGAACCUAUGUCUCUUAACUAUACAGAUUUGGAUGACUAUCAUAAUUUCAAUAAGGAUCUAGUUGUCGAAUUUGAAAAAUAUUGUAAUAUGAAAUGUGUUUCGAUUGAUGAAGAUCCAUUAAGUUGGUGGAAAAUAAAUUUUGAAAGUUUUCCAUUGAUUGGAAAUAAAUUACUAUUACAAAAAUAUUUAUCAGCGCCAGCAUCCAGUGUUUAUUCUGAGAGGUCGUUCUCAGAGGCAGGAUUAGUAUAUGAAGCUAAAAGAAAUAGACUUCAGCCUCAAAAUGCUGAACAACUUUUGUUUAUUCAUCAUAAUAUAAACAAAUUUUAA